AUGGCUAGGUUUUACCCGCCCCGUUUGCAGCCGCCGCCGCCGGAAGCACUCGACGAAUGGCGGUGGAACCUUCAUCCACCUCCACCUUCUCAACAUCAUUUAUCCGUCACCUCGCACAGCCAAAUUAAUGAAACCGUCGUGCUGCCCAUCAUUUGUCGUCGUGCCCACGACGCUCGAACUAAUGGCAUCUUCUUUGGGGAAAACCCCUUGGCCUACACUUUCCCUUUCCUCCUCUUCGAGUUCUUUGUCGUCAUCCUCCUCACACGCAUCAUUCGUUUCAUCCUCAGGCCUCUCAAACAACCUAAGAUCAUCUCCGAGAUUAUCGCUGGAAUCUUGAUGGGACCCUCAGUUCUGAGGCACAAAACAUGGUUUGCAAAGAAUAUAGUCACCGGAAAUGCCGAGUUUGUGGUCAACAAUAUUGGCAUAAUGGGCUUCAUGUUCUUUCUUUUCGUGUAUGGCGUGAAGAUGGACACCAGCCUCAUCAAAAAGUCAGGGAAAAAGCAUAUUUCCAUAGCUUUGAUGAGUAUAUUUGUUCCCUCAAUAUCAGCUUUUUCUGUGGCAUUGACCAUGAGAAAGAACAUGGACAAAGAGCUCGCCAAGAUAACUUCACUGGGGGGCAUUGCUAUGUACUUGGGACUCUCGUCAUGUCCAUUGCUAUUCAUCUUCCUCAAAGAGAACAACCUGCUAAGCUCCGAAGUGGGUCGAUCAGCUAUAUCCACUGGUCUAAUCGGUGACCUUGUCGGUAUAACUCUCGCAGUGGCGUUCGAGGCUGGAAAACAAGGAGAAACAGGAGCUAUGCAUGCUUUGUGGUAUAUGAUCUCCCUAGCAGUCUAUGUGGUUAUUUUUUUUGUAUUCAUUAGAAGAGCGAUGGUGUGGAUUAGUGAUACUACCCCAGAAGGGCAGGCAGUGAAAUCGACUUAUGUGACUUUAAUUCUGUUGGGGAUUUUUGUGGCCUCGUUUCUGACUGAUUUUGUGGGCUUAUCGAUCGGAGCCGGGGCGUUAUGGCUAGGGUUGGCGAUUCCAGCCGGUCCUCCUCUGGGGACUAUGAUCUUGGAGAAGACUGAGACACUUAUGACAGAGUUUUUCAUGCCAUUCUCGUUCCUUUUGAUCGGAUAUAACACCGAUGUUUAUGCCAUGGUUGCAGCUGGUUGGUCCUAUGCGUAUCCAUUGUUCUGCAUGACUUCAACUGCGUAUUUGACCAAGUUUUUUUCCACCUGGUUUACUACCAUCUAUUGGCGAAUGCCUUUCAGAGAUGGAUUACCCCUCAGUCUCGUCUUGAGCUUAAGAGGCCAGAUUGAACUUAUAAUGUUCAUGCAUUGGCUGGACAAAAGGAUGAUUAAUCCACCAGGAUACACGAUAUUAGUGCUGAUGACAAUAGCAGUGACAGCUAUCUUCAGUCCUAUGAUCAUGAUCCUGUACGAUCCAUCAAAGCCAUACAUGGUGAACAAAAGGAGAACCAUCCAACAUACCCCUCCGGACGCAGACCUCGUCAUCGUCCUCUCCAUCCUCGACAGAGAAAGCAUAAGUGGCAUCCUCAACCUCCUCGAACUUUCUGCUCCCACCUCAAGCAAUCCCAUGUCCAUCUUCGCCCUCAACCUCAUCGAGCUCUUAGGUCGAACCAGCCCUGUCUUCUUCGACCACGACAGACAACAAGUUCCUCCCAGAUACAAAUGCAUCCAAACCAUCAACGCCCUCACGCAGUUUCAAAGCGUGAAGGGCUUCGACUCUGUUAAGCUUCGUUUCUUCACUGCCAUCACAAGCAAACAAACCAUGUACCAAGAUAUAUGUGAGCUAGCCUUGGAGAACAAAGCCACUCUGAUCGUGUUAUCCCUUCAUCAUGAAGCUGUCACUCACAACCUCGAAGGAGCAAUAGUGCCAGGGGGCGGAUCAAGGACCAUAAUAUCCAGUGUUUUAACACAAGCUCCUUGCUCCGUCGGGAUUCUUGUGGACAAGAGCGGGAAUCUCGGGAGCCGCGUCAGAGGACAUAACAGUGUCCAUGGUUCGUUUAGUCGUUCAGGACACAAACUUGCCGUGUUGUUUCUGGGAGGGGCGGAUUGUAGAGAGGCUCUAGUGUAUGCGGAUCGAAUGGUGGCGAGCAACGAAGAGUUGAGUCUGACGGUGGUGAGGUUUCUGGCGUUUAACCACGAAGGGGAGACUGAGACGGAGAAGAAGCUGGACGACGGAAUGAUGACCUGGUUCUGGGUGAAGAAUGAACGAAACGACAGGGUGGAAUACAGGGAGGUGGUGGUUGAGGAUGGCGAGCAGACGGUGGGAGCAAUUCAGAUGAUGAACGAUGGAAGUUAUGAUCUGUGGAUCGUGGGGAGAAGACAGGGGAUGAACCCUGUGAUUCUGAGUGGGUUAUCUAAUUGGAGUGAGAACGAAGAUUUAGGAGUGGUAGGAGACUAUAUUGCGUCUGUAGAUUUUAGUAGUUCUGCUUCUGUUUUAGUUAUACAGCAGCAGAUCCUUAGAGGGUAA